UUCAGCCAGGCUCAUUAGGUCUACAUCGCCGCCGCGGCCGCCGCCACCGACGUUGCUGGAACGCACGGAGGCGACCGCCGCCGAAGAAAGGGAUGAUAAAGAGGCGGUUCUUCAAGCAAGAUCAUGGCGACAAGAGCGCAACGGAUUCGGAUUCAUCCUCUUCCUCUGAUCCCAGCCCUAAACCCUCUCAAGAAGAAGAAGUAGAUGGAGAUGACGACCCUAUCGGCCGAGCUGAGAAUGAGGAAGUCGAUAAACCUCCAUCCCCUUCUCCAGGUUCAGGCUAUGAAACUGAGGAUGGCUCUGCAAAUGAUAGUGAAGGUGAUUCUUCAGGUUUACUUAGUAAUGAUAAAGAAGAGAGCUCUGCAAGAAGUGGAAAUCUCAAGGACAAUCACUUAGUUAUUGAUGUUCAUGCUGUGGAAAAGGAUGACAAACUUUUGAAAGUUGGGGACAAACCUUGUGACCCAAAUGAUCCCAUUCAAGCUGAACUAGCCAACUGUAUUUUGAAAUUGAAAUCUGUGUUCAAAUGCAGACUUUGCCCCAGAAUUAUCUUGUUAAAUGAGAACACAGUAAGGACACAUCUUAGCUCAAAGAGGCAUGCCCGUUCCAAGAAGCUCCUAGGUGAAGGGAGGCUAAAGCUGAUGCUAAAUAGUGAUGGAGAGAUUGAGGAGGAACAAGAAACUCAUUCUGAAAGGCAUGCGAGAACACUAGCUCUUGCCCAGGAAUUGGAUGCUCAACCAAGAAAGGAUAAAACACAUCAGCGGAAGAGGCAGAGAAGGAAAAAGGACAAUGGUUCCAGGCAUCCACUGAAAAAACGUGGAAAGAAAAGGAGUAGAAAUUGUGAUUAAAGAGGAUGGCUUUUGCAAAACCAGCAUUAAGUUAAUGCACACCUUCUUGUCAUUUUUCCCAAAUGGAUAUUUUUCAGACAUUUUCAGGAGCUACAUAUUGUUACCUAAAACUUUUACUUUUUUUUUGUUGUAAUGUGUUAUACAAUUAAGGCUUUGGUGUGCUUAGAGUAAUCAUCCAGAGUUCUAUAGACCUGUUCUUAUUUAAAUGGUUCCAUGAGAUAAUCCUUCUUUCUUGGCCCCAGGGAGUUCAGCUGGAA